CAUCUGGGACGCUCCCUGUAGAACACACCGAUGCAGAGAGAGUUUACGACAGUUCUAACCUGUUUGAAAGGUGUAGUUGGAUGUGGCAAGAAUUUCUUCGUUUUACACCAUUAACUUUGUUAGAAAUAGAGCAAGACAAUGAAAAUUGUAAAAAUAAUAGCUAUCUACAUACAUAUGAAGCUGGAACCCCAUCUGUAAAUCACGUGUCGGGCAAAAUUGAACCUACAUCAAUAAACAACGAUAAUAAUGAUGCGUUUAAUGCGUCGAACGAAGUUGAGACUACUACUACAAUAAACAACGAAAAAAAUAACGGUAAGAUAUAUUAAUUAAGAAAGAAUAAUAUUUUAUUGUAGAAUGUAUUUAAAAAUUAAUUAUACAUUUAUACAUGAUACAGGAUCUUCAUUGGUAAAUAAUGUAUCGGACGAGAUUGAACCAUCAGCAAUAAAUAACGAUAAUGAUUAUGACGGUAAGAUAUUGAUAUUUUUAUAAUAAUAAUAUAUUAUUUAAAAAAUAUAUAUAUAUAUAUGUAUAUAUGAUGCAGGAUCUCUACCGGUAAAACAUGUGUCGGACGAGAUCAUAAAUUCGUUUAAACUCCUUGAAAAUUAAGUUAGUAAUAAAAUAAAUAAAUAAAUUUACAGAAAAGUUAAAAAAAAAUGUUUUAUUAAUAUUUUUAUUACAGAUAUAUUAACAAUACAAACAGGAUGUGGCCGUGCGACAUGUGAUACGGCUGCAGAAGAAGAAGAAGAGAAAAAAGAGGAGGAGGGAGAGGUGGAGAUAGAACAGCUUGGAGAAAGAGAGAAUAUGCAACACAUUCAAGAUUCUGAUGAAGCGAGUGAACCGACAUCAUUUAAUAUUUUACGAGAAAAUCGACGCUAUUUUCAACGAUUUGACACUCAUGGACAUGAGAUAACAUUCGUUGUACGACAACCGCCAGAAGGUUUCAAUUCUUUAAGAUGGUUAGAUAAAGUAUUUGCAGAAGUACAUGCAUAUCUUACAAAUUCGAGCAAUCCUGACGAUUAUAUAGGCGUGACAUUUACUACUGAUACUCUUUCCCAUGGGCCUGUGUGGCUGUCUUACCGUUAUGUACGAGAUUUUAGAAAUAUAGAUUUGUGGGAAUUAGUGAGUCGAGUCGCUCAAAGUGCCUCAGAUUUCUAUAUUAAUGAUAGCUGCACAUUAACAACUUGUAUAAUACGUCGCGUAAACGGUGGUUCACGCCGAAAACUAACCCUGGAUAAUGUGGCGAAACGAUCAAUAUUAUCAAUAACAAAUUCCGACAAUCUUUGCUUACCACGGUCGUUAGUAGCAGCACGAGCGUACGUGGAACGAGGUGAAAUUCGUUCGGGCGAAUUACACAAACAUUGGAUGUCUAUACGUUUAUCUCGCGGCAGAUUACAAAAAGAGAAAGCUCUCGAACUUGUAAGAAAUGCAAAAGUAAAUAUACCUAAUAAUGACUGUACAAUAGCAGAAUUAGAACAAUUUCAAAAAUAUUUAGCGGAAUUUGGCAUCGCUAUCGUCUUCCCAGCGAGAAAUGAUAAUGAAUUCGACAUCAAUUCGACGUCGAAUCGACAUCGAAAUGAUGAUUUCGAUGUCGAAUCGAUGUCGAUUCGAUGUACUAUUUCUCACUGGGUUAUAUGAAGUUGAAACACUAGGUUACGGUGGAGAAACUUUAUAUGACGGUACGAGAUAUGUAAUGAAUAUAUUUAAUAGUAUCACACACACAUUACGUUUUUUAUAUUAUCGUAGAAUACACCAUUUUGAACCUAUUUUAAACUUACGGGCUGCCGUAGGUAGUCGCGGUUUUUGUAUAGCUUGUAAUAUAGCGUAUACUAGAAUAAGUGAUCAUAAAUGUUUACAAAAAUGCAAUCGCUGUAUGGGGCAACCACCGUGCAUAACGGCUGUAAGCCCUCAUAUUAAAUGUAAUUCUUGUAAAAGAUCUUUUUACAAUAAUAAUUGUUUUCAACGGCAUUUAAAACCCAUAACGUUAAACAAUAAAAAAAGAAAAGAUAAAAAAAGUGUGUGUGAUACAUUAAAAAUAUGUAAUAUAUGUUCAAGAUUUAUUUCAACAGAUAAAAAGCAAAAGCACGAUUGUAAUAUUACGUAUUGCAAAAUAUGUAAAGAUUUUUAUCCUAUUAAUCAUUUAUGCUACAUUCAACCUAUAAAACAAACUAAAAAUAAUCAGUCAAAAAUCGUUUUUUUAUUUUACGACUUUGAAACACAACAAAAUAUGCGUGUUAAAGGGGAUGAUAAAACGUUUGUACAUGUACCUAGCUUAUGCGUUGUUCAACAAUCGUGUAGUUAUUGUUUAAACGAUAACAGUGAUAUGUCAAAAAUAUGUCAAUAUUGCGGUGUGCGCGAAUAUGUAUUUAAUCAAGAUCCUGUAAAGCAAUUCGUUGACUUAGCAACAAAACCGUUACGUUCUUUCAAACGCACAAUCUGUAUUGCUCAUAAUGCAAAAGCUUUUGAUGCUCAAUUUAUUUUACGAUAUUUUGCUACGCGAGGUAGUAUGAAUGAGAUGCCAUCAAUAAUAUUAAAUGGUACAAACAUCGUUGUAAUGACAAUAGGUCACACUACAUUUCUUGAUAGCUUAAAUUAUUUUCACAUGCCGUUAAGCGCUUUACCGAAAGCUUUUGCACUUGAUAGUUGUACUACAAAAGGCACAUUCCCGCAUUUAUUUAAUACACCUGAAAAUCAAAAUUAUAUAGGACCAUUACUAGAUAUAAAAUAUUAUUCACCAUGUUAUAUGCAUAACGAUGAACGCGAACGUUUUUUACUUUGGUAUAACAAGAAAAACAUUCAAACUAUAUAUUUGAUUUUGCAAAAGAAAUUGUACGAUACUGCAAAAAUGAUGUAACAAUAUUACGCCCAGCUUGUUUAGCUUUUCGUAAAAUGUUUACGAAUGUGGUAAGGCUUGUCCUUUCGAGGAGAGUACAACAAUAGCAUCGGCCUGCUCACGUGUUUACUGUAAAAAUUUUUUUCAAAAAAAUAGUAUAGAUAUUAUACCUACAGGAGG